CACUAAUUGCGUGUGCUUAGCGUGAAUUUAUAUGAAUCUUACUAAUAUUUUUUAAAUAAAUUAAACCUUUUUGUGACGACCAGUGAUGGCUGGGAAGCUGAAUAAAUUUGAAACUCCCAGUUCGGCUAGCUCCGAUAGGUAAAUCGUGUGUGCUAACCUUAUAUAUUGUUUGUUUGCACAGCUGUCUCGUGUCAACAAAAUUUUCGCUUGAGAAGGCUCUUAUUUAGUGCUAGCUUCGUCGCGGGCACGUAUAACCGUUGUUUUCGUGCAGUGUUUUAGCGUGAAACGGGAACAGGUUCGGUGUACCGAAAUACCAAUCCACUGCCUGGAAUCAUAACCUCAGCGUACACACAUUGUGAUUUAUUUUUAGACGAUCAUUAAAUACAUUGGCAGCUUGCUUUACGCUACAUGAUCGCGACGUGAGAUAGACACGUGCUCGGAUAAGAUUAAUAUCGGAGGACUUGUCUCUAAUUGAGAAAAUGAACAAAAUCUUGCAAGAUAUGGAACAAAGUUCUGUAAUCUUCGCGAAUGCUGACACAGAACUUGCAUUGGAUUUGAGCGAGCAAGUAUUUGUUGAUGAUGACGACUACUCCCGCGCGCCAGCGUCCCCCACCACCGUGCCUAACGUUAGGCCAUACCGGCCACCCUCUACAGGUUCAAAUAUAUUGAAGUCGCCCCGGGCUCGCCGCGUUCGUACCGCAUCUAUGUCGCAAUCAAAUAAACGCACAACAGCAGAAAGCAUCCUUCAUGCAGAUCGACGCACUAUCUACACUGCUGGUAGACCACCAUGGUACAAUUGUACCGGUGGUCAGGAAGUGGAACCGUUUCUUAUUGGUAUCGGGGGAGCGAGCGCCUCCGGCAAAACGACGGUGGCGACGAAAAUCAUAGAAUCUCUUAAUAUACCCUGGGUCACUAUUGUUAGUAUGGACUCGUUUUAUAAGGUUUUGAACGAGAAACAGCACCAGGCAGCGAUGCGUAACGAAUACAACUUCGACCACCCAGACGCGUUCGACAUCGAGCUGCUCAUCACGGUGCUGCAGAGACUUAAAGAGGGGAAGAAGGUGGAGGUGCCCAUCUACAACUACGUCACGCACUCCAGGGAGAACAGGACGAAAACGAUGUACGGCGCGAACGUGAUCGUUUUCGAAGGUAUCCUCGCGUUUUACAACGCGGACGUCCUGAAGAUGUUGGACAUGAAGGUCUUCGUCGACACCGACGCCGACAUACGGCUGGCGCGCCGGUUGCGGAGGGACAUCGUGCAGCGCGGGCGCGACCUGGAGGGCGUGCUGAAGCAGUACCUGACGCACGUGAAGCCCGCGUACCAGAGCUACAUCGCGCCCAGCAUGGCGCACGCCGACAUCAUCGUGCCGCGGGGGGGGGAGAACCUCGUCGCCAUCUCGCUCAUCGUGCAGCACGUGCACAAGCAGCUGCAGCUCCGCGGAUUCAAAGUGAGGGAAAAGUUAGCGAUAGCGCACAUCGGGCAACCGCUACCGGAUUCCUUAUACGUCCUUAAAGAUACACCACAGGUGCAAGGCCUGCACACGUUCAUCCGCAACAAGGACACCCCGCGCGACGAGUUCAUCUUCUACUCCAAGCGCCUCAUGCGCCUCGUGAUCGAGUUCGCGCUGUCGCUCAUGCCGCACUCCGACCUGCGCGUCGACACGCCGCAGGGGUUCUCCUACCACGGUCGCAAGUGCGACGUGGAAAAAGUGUGCGGGGUGUCGAUUCUACGCGCCGGGGAGACCAUGGAGCAAGCGGUCUGCGAUGUCUGCAAAGACAUCCGCAUCGGGAAGAUACUCAUACAGACCAACCAGCAGACCGACGAGCCGGAGCUGUACUACCUGCGGCUGCCCAAGGACAUCAAGGACUACCGCGUGGUGCUGAUGGACGCGACGGUGGCGACGGGCGCGGCCGCCAUCAUGGCCAUCCGCGUGCUGCUGGACCACGACGUGCCCGAGCGCGCCAUCAGCCUCGUCAGCCUGCUCAUGGCAGAGAUCGGCGUGCACUCCAUCGCCUACGCCUUCCCGGAGGUAAAGAUCGUGACGUCGGCCUUAGAUCCAGAAAUCAACGAAAAGUUCUACGUGCUACCCGGCAUCGGGAACUUCGGGGACAGAUAUUUUGGUACGGAACCCGCUGAGGACGAGUGAGCGAGACGAAAGUAUGCACUGUAUAUAGAGUGAGCGAAACAAAUAUAAAUACGACGGGUGUUGGCAAUAUUGUAAAUGUUUAUAUUGAAAACUAAAAAGCAAGUUCCUUUUAAGCGUAAUCUUGUUAAUUAUAAGAGAGUCCUAAUAUAAAAUAUAUAUUCAUUUUUAUUAUUUACUUUUAACAUCAUAAAAAAAUGUGGUAUUUAAAAAAACGAUUUAUAAAAAAAAAUAUAUAAAAAACUUGUUGUAAUGAAUCAGAAGAAUAUAUACUUAAUAAAAAAACACUACAGUGUUGCCAACAUGCCUCAUAAACUGACUAUUUCAUACAACCAAAAAUAGACUGAAUUUCCUUAUAUUAUGUGCGAAAAUUGCCUGUUGUAUUUAUUACUACGUAGGACUACGUACAAACCUAAUAUUUUAAUACAAUUUAGUAAGACGCUUAAAUGUAAAGGAUUUUAGUAUUUACUGACUUGUGUAUAAGGAUUGAAAUGCUUCAAAAUGUAUAUCAUCAUGCUAUGGCUGCGUCAAUAUCGCUGAGACACAAACAACUAUUCUAAUAGGCUUAAAUUUAUUUUAAAAAUAUCUAUUUAAGGAAACCAAUACGAAAAAGUUUAUAUAUUAGUUUAAAUUUAUUUAAUAUUAUUAUUAUAAUUUAUGCGAAAUUAGGCUGAUUUUAUUUUUAAGUGACAACAGUUACUGAUUUCAUAAAAAAUAUUCUUAAAUUAGAUAAAAUCUAGUCGCAAUUAUGUGAUCUCUUAUAAAAUAUUAGAAAUUAAUUAGUGUAUUUAAUACUUACUUGACAUAAUUAAAAUUAAAAACAUGGCCGACAUAUUUAGUGUCACUACUUUGAAAAUAUUUAAAGCGUCGUAAGUCAAAUUAUUUAUUCAAUAUAAAAAUUGGUUAUAAAUUGAUAAAAAUGUACUUACAAGAGUUAACGGCGAAAGAAAACGGUUACAAAAAAAAUGUAGAAGCUUCUCAAUUCGUCGUUUUUUUUUUUUUUUUGUAAGAAGUUUAGGGCUACUUUCUUAUGAAAGCCAAUAUGUUUUAAGAUAUUUGACAAAUUAUUUGAAUAAAAGGCAAGUUUUUAAUUUUAAUAGAUAUUUAAUUUUAUGACUUCUAUCUUUUUCUAGAAAAUAUUUUUUUGAUUUUUGACUUGGACAGUGGUAUUUAUCUUGAAGCUACACACAAAGAUUAUACAAAUUUGCAAUUGUAUCUAGCAUUGACCACUGACCAUCAACUAUAACCUUUCCUAUUAAUUAGAGAAUAUCUAUAUUCUAUAUAUAAGAAGAGAUGAUUUAAAUUAUAUGCGUUGAAACUAUGUUCAGACAUUUUUAAAAUACACAAAAUUAAAAUAAAAAGAACAAAAUACACAUUACAAAUUUAAAGCAAAAACAUGCCGUCUAAAAGAUUGUCCUGUGGCAUUGUACCCAAGACACUGGCACUAUUUCCUCUCUGCACCGUUAGACUCAGCAUUUUGGGCUAAAUAAGCGCCAGCUCUUUAAAUCUCUUUAAAGAGAUAAUUAAUAAUAAUUGGCUCAGCACAGUCAUCUGAUCAUAAGUAUAAUAUGAAUAUAAUGAAACAUAAUAAAUAACAUUAAAAAACAAAAGAGAGACUUAACCACAGUUACUGAACUGAAUUUUCUGUGCGGAGCAAAUCCAUGUAUCAAAUAUAUGUAUAUAUUUAUAUCUUAUUCAAAAUGUCAAUUAAACAAUUGAUUGUUGAAACAGGUUACGCAUAUUGUAUAGAUUUAUUGACAAUAUAUAUAAGACACUAGUGUGUGACUUUAAUUUUUUAAAUGCAUAUAAAAUUAACAUGUGAAUAUAAUCAAUGAAAAUAUUGUAUAAUAUAUAUAUAUAAUUUUAUUUAUAAAAUAUCUUAAGCCGUGACAUGCAAUCUUGGUGCAAUCCUAGUUUUUUUUAUAAAUUAAAACUAUUUGAAUAUAAAAAAUUUAAGGUCACAGGAAGUUGUACCAAAGAUAUAAUCGUUCCCUUAACGAUAAUUUGAAUACGAAAUUAAUGUUACUAUAUAUGAAAUUAGUUUUAUUAUUACAAAAAAAAAAAAUCUUACUUGCAUAACAUUACACGUGAUAGAAGUAAUUUUUAAGUGCGUUAGAAAUGUUUCACAUUAUAUACAUCAUUAUAAUUACAUAGAGAGUGGUAGAGCUUUGUGAAAGCUCGUCUGGGUAGGUACCCCCACUCAUCAGAUAUUCUAUCAAAUAAAAGCAGUACUUGGUAUUGUUGUGUUCCGGUUUGAAGGGUGAGUGAGCCAGUGUAAUUACAGGUAUAAGGAACAUAACAUCUUAGUUGCCAAGGUUGGUGGCGCAUUGGUGAUGUAAGGGUGGGUUAACAUUUCUUACAAUGCCAAUGUUUAUGAGCGUUGGUGAACACUUACCAUCAGGUGGCCCAUAUGCUCGUCCACCUUCCUAUUCUAUAAAUAAAUAAAAAAAUAUUGUUAUCUGAAUAGAUUUCUAUUGGCUUUUUCAGUUUAUAUAUUAUAAAUAUAAAUAAAAGGCUUUAUAGACGAGAUUAGCUCUUUGAUCUUUGAUUUGAAAUUCCAUAGAAGAUACAGCACUGUUUAACCAAUCACACCCUAAUCGACAUAUACAAGUUCUAAAUUUGACAACUAAGAAAUUAUUUACAAAUUAUCUUACAUAAAGUAGUAUGAUUUAUACAAUAUGAAAAAAACUUUAUUGCAUUCUUAAAUGAUGUUAAUUAGACUAUUAUACUACUAGAAGUAGUAGUAAAAUUAUGGUACCAUAUGUGUUAAAAUUAUUUUUAUUAUUUAUUUACUUAAUUAAAAUUGUCGUCUCAAGACUACUACGAAACAAUACGUGUAUAGUAAGUACUUCGUUUUAUAAUUUAAAUAGAAAAUAAAAAUAACCUAAAAAUAGUUAAGCAAUAUUGACACACCCAUAGCGAAUCGAAUUAAUUCAUGCGACCAUUACAUCUUGUAGGCAAUGAUUCUUUUCUACAUAAUAUUUUAUCUUGGCUAAAGUCCGCUCAGAGAACGCGUUCAUGACGUCUGUCUUAUCAUGACACUGACAUGAUGACAGAAUGCUUGUCAUGAGUCAUGACAUGACACGUAGUCGUUUUGCUUUUAUGAGUGGUCGUGGUCACGCUUGUUAAUUUGUCUAUUAUUCUGUGGUAGUUGCCUUUCUUACGCACUCAUGCAAGGGGUACAUUACAAUAUUCGUUAGUAGAAUAUAUAUAUUAUACUAUCCUUAGAUUUACUUACUAUUACUUACAUUUUUAUUGUAAAUUCUUCGCUAUUUCAAAUUUUAGUCAAGAAGGCAUUUUCUUCGUCUUCUUCCUCUUGCUAUCUCUUUUUAACUCGACACUAGAGAAAGAUAUGGCAAUAUUCUGUAUCCUGUCGUAUUUUAAAAUAUUGUGUACAUAAGGAUCAGUACUAUAUUAACUUAAAAUUAAUUAAAACUUGCGUAUUCGUUUAUAUUGUAAAUGUUAAUAUGCUCGAUGCAAAGUGAGUCCAAAAUUAAUUUUAUAUUGUAUUGUAUAACUGCUAUAACCUUAAAACAAAUAUGGCGCUCGUAAAAACACAAAUAUUUUGAUUUUCCAAAUGUACACAUGUACAUAUGCACAAUACUUGGGUAUAAACUGGUUAAAAUACGCUUUAUAUAACGAUACAUUAUAUAAUGUCACCCGGAUUAUGUACUUUAAAUAGAUUAUGCACAAAACAAAUUCAAAUACAAAACAUAUAGUAAAUCUUGUAUGAUAUAAAGUGCACAUAUAUCUUUAAAUACACACAAAUUAUAUAUGUCAAUAUAACAAAAUGUAAAGUGCACUACACAAAAAUAAAUACAAUCUUGACCACUUUAUGUAGUAAUAUUUCAUACAAUAAUAAACAACCACGCAAAAAGUAUUUUUUUUUUAUCUUUGAUUCUAAUUCAGUGGUGAUUGUACAAAACAUUUGUUUAAAAAAAAAUGUCAGAAAAUAUCCAUUUAAAAAUCAUUAACAAAUGUUUGCAUUUCGAUAUAGUAAAUUAUUACAUAUGUAAUCUAUAUGCAUCGUAAUAUUUUUAUUUUAUUAACAAUAUCUAAUACACGACUCUAUCUCCAAUAAUAAUAAAUCAUAUGUAAAAAUAAAUUAUUUUCCUAGAAAAUAGAAAUACAUAGUAGUUUUUAUAUAUGGCUUUUAAUACAUACAUAUGAUCUAUCAUUGUCUUUUUCCAGUACAUGUUGUACAAAAUGUAAACAAGCUAAAAAAAUAAAAAAUAUAAAAUUUAUUAUUUUUAACCUUUGAAAAUAUAAUUGAAUGAGACUUUUUUUAAACUAUAAAUUUUCAAAAUCAGUAACUAGAUAGAAAAACGUGGUGCUUUUAUUACGAAACAAAUGUGUUCCGAAUACAUUUUAUAUUAGCCAAUCAUGUAUCUUCGCUCAUUCCGACGAAUACUGCCAUUUUGGUUCACAUUUUUAUUUAUUGCAGUAUUAAUAAAUAAAUUCAAACUGAUUAAUAUAGGAUCUACUUUGUGUACAUAUGAGUGUUGAAUUAAUAAUUAUAUGUAAUAGUUUUUAAAAAUACUUCGUUUUAAGUUUACAAAUUUAUUUUACAUUUUAGGAUUAUUAUUUUUACUUCUUUUAAUUUAUUAGUGAAUUUAGUUUUUACUAUUUAACUAAGAAUAAUAAUUUCUCAAUACUUAAAAAGUUAGUGUGUCAUUUUUUUUUAAUUUAUUUCUAAUGUAAAAUAGAAGACUAAGGAAUAAAAAUGUUGUAAGUGUACACUUUAUAUGAUAUUAUUAUAAAAAUGACUUGUAAAUGUCACGAUGUAUACAAAUGUACUGUCAAGCUUAUUGAUAUUUACUUAAACGUCGCCACAGAUAUCAUACAUUUUUUUAAUUCGAAAUGACAAAAAAAUGUUAUUUUAUUACACUCGCGAAUUAAUCGCCUAUUUAGAAAUGGUAUAGUCGUAAAUAAUAAAUCCGAUUUUAAUUUAAUCUAUUAAAUAUAUUUCAUGACGUGAUUUUAAAUCUGUCAAAUAUAUAGUAUAAACAAUGUUGUUUUUUUUUAUUGUGAAUCUGUGGCAAAACUUAUAACGACUGCAGUGUCGCUAUUGGAAUGUUACUUUUAUUCCCGCUAUCUUCUCCUAGUGACGUGUAACUUAGUGUAUCUACUUUUUGAGCACAAUAAUUGUGUUUUAUAUGAAUAUAAUAAGUUGCUGUGAAUAUAUAAAAAAAAAGAAAAAACCAAGAAGAAAAUAUGAAAUAAAAUAAAUAUUAAUA